AUGGCUAACGACUAUCUGUGGAUUGAAGGGAUUCCAUUCCCCACCUCUACUGUUCGAGACCUGAGAUCUUUGCAGGAUCAAUUUGUGGUGAGGGAUGAAGAUGUCAUCACACUUUCCUACCCAAAGUCAGGAACCAACUGGAUGAGGGAGAUGAUCAGUCUGAUCCACACCAAGGGGGACCCCACUUGGGUACAAUCUACUGUCAUCUGGAAACGUUCACCGUGGGUAGAAACGCAGGCAGGGCUUGAUAUUUUAGAGAAUCAGAAAGACCCACGUUUCUACACCUCCCACCUCCCUAUUCAAUUCUUCCCCAAGUCAUUCUUCAAGUCCAAGGCCAAGAGUAUUUACAUCAUGAGAAAUCCCAAAGAUGUUAUUGUUUCUGGUUAUCAUUUCUGGAGGACAGUAAAGGCAACCAGAAACCCAGAUUCAUUUGAAGAAUAUUUUCAAUGGUUUCUCCAAGGAAAUGUGGCAUUUGGCUCAUGGUUUGACCACAUUCAUGGCUGGCUGCAGAUGAAAGGAAAAGAUAAUUUCCUACUAAUAUCCUAUGAGGAGCUGCAUCAGGACACAAGAACCAGUGUAGAGAGGGUCAGCCAAUUCUUGGGCGUGAAGCUAAGCCCAGAAGAACUGAAUUCAGUCCUCAAGAAUGUGUCCUUCCAGGCCAUGAAAGACAAUAAAAUGAGCAACUUCUCUCUAGUACCUGAUACCAUUGUGGAUCACAGCAAAGGAAACUUUAUGAGAAAAGGAAUCACUGGGGACUGGAAAAAUCACUUUACAGUGGCCCAGAGUGAAGCCUUUGAUAAAGUUUACCGAGAGAAGAUGGCGGGGCUUCCUCAGGGCCUCUUCCCAUGGGACUGA